AUGAAUAAAAAUCAAUCAGAAGCUCAAAAGUAUGAGUCAUUUUUAAAUAGUAGACUUAAAAUAGAUUUGAAUAAAGCUUAUAGAAGAAAAGAAAUAUACUAAAUGAGACUAAGAGAUUAUAUCGAGACAGAAAUGUUUAUACAAAAGGCAGAAAGCAUUUAAGGAGAUUCAAUUAAAAUGAAACUGGAUUUAGGACAUUAAUUUUUUGCAAACGCGGAAAUUGAAAAUAAAGAUAAGAUUGUUUUGGAUGUAGGACUUGGAGUAUUUGUAGAGUUAACAUAUAAAGAAGCAAAAGAUAUUAUAUUUCAACAAAAGAUUGAGCUUGAAAGAUUGAUAAGAAAGGCUGAUAUUGAUAUUGUUGAUAUUAAGACCAAUAUAAAAAUAUUUGAGAAUACUUUGAAUUAGCUAGCAGGUUUAGUGUAGCAAUGA